AUGCCUCUUUCAGAAUUGGAUUUUACCGUGUCCGACUUCGACCCUGAACACGAAGCGUUGGCAUCCACCCGCGAGUUCGGCAGUCCGCAGCUUCCCAACAUGAGACGCUCCCACGAAGAAGAAGAGGAGCCAGACUUUGUGAUCAACACGUCAACUUUGGAGCGCGCCUUUCCCGAGUUUUCUCAGUUACCCACAUCGGAGGAAGAAGACAACGAAGCAGAACAACACAGAAAUCUGGACCGCGACACCAUGUCUGAUGUCAGUGAACUGUCCAUGGAGAUGGGCCGUGGCCCCUCGGGCAAACCCUCUCGUCGCCUCGAUGACUCUCGCGACUCCAUCAUGUCGUUCCAGAAUAGCAUUCGCUCCUCCUCCCCAGCCGUUCGCGUCGACUACCCGACCCCCCAGAAGCAACCUGCCGCGCGUACGACAGCCCGACGCGCCGUGAGCGAGAACCUCCGAAAAGAUGCUCAAUUGCGACGCGCAACUCAAGCACAGAAGGAAACCAUGAGCCCCCAAGUGUCUGGCAAAUCACAACGCGACCAGCGGAGGACACUGUCGGAGAUGCACGCGAAAGUACGCGAUAACUACGACGGGUCAUUCAUCGGAGAUGAACGUCCGGCCCCAGUUACAACCAACACGCGAUCAACGCGUUUCGGUAACCUAAACAACUCCCAAGAAAUUGCCGAUGCGGUCGAGCGUGCUUCGCGGGAAGCCUACGCGAAAGAGAUGCGUAAAGCCAGUGGUGGUGGCACUCCCCGCAAGGCAAGCAACAACCACACCAACACGAUGGGCGAUACUAUGACGCGCCAGUCCUUCCUCCUUCCCGAUCUCCCCAAUAUCUCAGAGCUCGUUUCGGGUGUGUAUGAGGAUGGCACGCCCGUCUUCCCUCGUCAGCACAAGAUGCGCUCUACUCGAUUCGUGUCACCACCUCACGACGCGACCGAUGUUUCCUUUUCGCGUGAACAUAUGCCUCUCGAUGCUGUUCCAAUCCCCGAAGAUGAGAAGGCGUUGUUUGUUUCCCUCCGACUCCUGCAGGAUAAGGUCGCAGAGUUGGAGAUGUACAAAUCUGACGCGGAGAGACGAAUUGAAAACUACCGGGAGGAAAAUGCAUUGCUCAAGGCUAGCCGGUCUCGGAAUUCCGACAAGUAUGCAGUGGAGGAUGUCGACUAUAAGAAGAGCUCAAAGCGUCUGAAUUCAGAAAUUCAGAAGCUUGAAGCUGCCAAUAUAGCUCUACAGAAUCAAUUGGAUAUCGCCGACCGCAAAUCUCAAGUCCAAGAUGCAGCGGUCAAACGCCUCAACCACGAGAGAGAAUCUGCCAUUUCUCAAUUGGGCGUGGCAUAUCUUGAAACCAGAGAACUCAAGGCCGAGAAUGAUCAACUGCGCGAAGAAAAUACAAGCCUCAAGUCUCAGCUGGCCCGUGUCUCGGGCAAGUCUCGCGAUCAGGAGGUUUCAGAAACGGAUUCAAGCAUCUCCGCUUCUGAUGCUGAUGAUAGCAAUGUGUAUAGCACAGACGUGAGCCGCAGCACAAGGAACCUUACCUCCAAGAGCAGCCGCAAAAAUUUGAAGUCCAAGCGUCAGAAUGACUCUCGGGCCAAGGUCUCGACUCAGGUGGAUAAGGAGAUCUCUCGCCUUGAGAAGGAGCGCGCAGAGGAGGCCCUGUUCUCGAUUGUCAUGCCUACUUCAAAGCGGGCAUCAACAUCCAAGUCGGGUAAAUCUGGCCAUUCUGAAUCUAAGGGAUCCAGGAAACAGCCAAAUACCUCUAAGCAGCGCGUUAAGCGUGUCAUUUUGGAAGAUAUAAGCAGCGCUGUUGAGUCUACUGAACAGACGAAGGCGUCGUCAGAUGCCGAGGACCUUACGCUGCUGAGCGUUAUUGAUGAACAUGAAAUUGCCCGGCUUCGGAAAACAUUGGAGGAAGAACGAUUGUCGCGCAAGCAGCGCCGGUCCAGUGCCACAAAAGACACUACUGCCACCGAGACUGUGAACUCAACCCGCCAGAGCAUCCUCAAGGCCCCUCUUCCUCGCAAAUCAUCCCUCCGUGAACCCAAGCCCAUCAUCUCCCGCCCUGCGUCAGCUGCCGGCGAUGUCACCACCAGAUCGGCAGCUACCACGGAUGGCGACACCAGUCUCGUCGUUCCCACUGCCGAACGGCCGAGGCGUCACUCAGACCACUCCGUGGCUUCAUUGUCACAACGUAAGAAGCGCAGGAACAUUGAAGACAUGACCUCGGCCUUCAUUCUACCUGACAUCACCCUGAGCCGCGCAGAGCUGGCGGGCAACAACCCCUCUCGCCUGCCCGAGUCAGCUCAGCGAGUUCUGGACAACAUCGCCCAGCAUGACGGAAACAACUGCAUGAUUUGCAAGAACGUCCUUCCUCAUGAAGGCCCUUGCAACCACGAGGCUGUCAAGAUCCCUAAGCCCAUCCCCGUUUCAGAGCGCAUGCCAGCAACAGAAGACCCGACAAUGCGUCCCUCUCAGCCCCCUGCUGUUGCCCUGGCCACCGUUCUCAAGACACUGGAGGACGAACUCUCUCACCUGAAGAUGCAACUUGCUUCUUACCAAAGUGCCUACAACAAGCUUGACGCAUCGCUCGGCAAACGCCAGCGCAAAGCAGUCAUGCAGAAGAUCGAGACUGUGCUCAAGGACAUUGAUCUGAAGUCUGAUCAGAUCUAUGCCCUUUACGAUGUUCUCGAAACUUGCAAGGGAGAGAUCACGAAGCGAGACCUUGAUAUUACCUUGGAAUCUAUUGGCAUUGAUGUGACCGCGAACAGCGCCAAGUCUCGUUCUGGUCUGGUCGAUUUGGAGGAUGAAGAUGAAGAUGACUUACCCUGGGAGGGUAUUGAAAGCACUGCGGAGUUGACUGGUCGCACAUAA